UGGGGCCCCUGGAAGUAGGGUGGUGCUCGUGACAGAGACCUGGGAAUCAGGACCUUGAGCUUGUUUGGGUAGGGAUGGGAUACCAAGAACUAAGGUGCAAUAAAACAAAGGAGAAAGGGCAUAAAGCCUUUGUGAUGAGUGACUGGACAGACAGUCUGGGGGGAAGUCAGCAGGGCCUGCCUCCUCUCUGUCCCCCACAGGCCAGGCCCAAGCCGAUGAUGAGCAGCCGAGCCACCCGACCCCGAAGCCGGAGGGGGAGGGUGCCACCCCCAGUGGAGCUGGACCCCGUGGUGGAAAGCACUGAAGAGGCUGAGGCAGUGGGAAGCAGUGUUGGGCCAGAGCAGGCACCCAGGCUGCCUCCGGAAGAGUCACCAGCAGAGCCCCUGGUCACCAGUGCUGAAAAGAGCCACGGAGGCCACUGCCAACGGCUGGACAGACACAGGGAUGAGCAGACAGAAGCCUCAGAGCCCAGCAAUAGUCUGACUCCUGGAAAGGUGCCCAUAAUGCCUGCCUCACCCCCUUCUCAGCUCCACCAGCCCUCAGGGGAAGAUGCCCAGGAAGGUCAUGGCUCCAACCUGUACCUGGCCUUGCAGCAAGCUGUUGAGUCCUUAGAGAAGGCGGCAGCUUCCUGUCGCCAACAGGCCUCCAGCCUCCCAGCCUCGACAACAAUGCUAGGCCCAGAGGAGCCAAGCAAGGCUGAUGAGGAUAACCUCCAUCCUCUGCAAAGACUGGAGGAGUUGGUCAGGAGCUGGAGCCCUGUCAGCCAAGAGGAAGGGUUGCCUGAGCAGGAGAGGAUCCACUACAAACGGGAGGCCCUGAGUCUGACUGAGCAGAAUGCCAGCCUUCGGAGUUCUCUGAAAAACAAGGAAGACGAGUUGGCCCAGGAUCAGGCCUCCCUACAGGCCUUUCAAGAUGAAAAGGAGAUGCUACAGAGACAGGUUUGGGAGCUGCAUGAAUCUCUGCUGAGACUAGACCUGCCUCCAGCACACCCCCUUAGCCAGGAUAGCUCCAUGAGCAGAUCCAGCAGCCCAGGAGCAGAGGAAGAGCUCUGGGGAACCCAGCAACUACAAAGUAUUUCCAGCCCUGUAAUCUCUGCACCCCUCACGCCAGAGCUGCAGGGCCUGGAGGCCCAAAUGGAACAACACAGGAGGACUAUCCAGAGGCUAAAAUGCUUCAACCAGAUGCUGCUGGGGGCCCUGCAAACUUGCAAGGGCCGCUCGGAGGGGCUGAGCAUGCGGCUAGGACAGAGGGAAGCUGAGACUACUGCCCUGCAUCUAGCCUUACAAUACAGUGAGCAGUGUGUGGAAGCCUAUGGGGUGCUGUUGGAUUUACGGACAGUUGACACCAGAACCGUGCCAGGCCUGCAGGCCAGAGAAGGCAGAACAGAGUCAGCCAUGGCAGAGGCACAGAGACUUUUGUCUGAGGAAGAUCCUACAGAGGCUGGCAUCUUGGCUCGUGUCUAUGCAAGCCCCGAGGGCAGCAGUGUAGAUGCACCCACAGAGCUGGAGGUGGCAGCACUCCUACAGAGUUACAUUGGGAGGCUCCGGGCUCACCAAGCCCUGGUGAAGGUGUCUCCCGAGCCAGACUCCAAACCAGGCCUUGGAUCUAGUGUGCCUCGGGAAGAAGUCAUCUUCCAGGCCAUGCUGGGGGCUCAGCCCAACCUGGAGCUGCCAAGGCUGGAAAAGACCCAGAUUCAGCAAGAGUUGGCCACUAUGAGGGAAGCCCUGGUGGACUUGACACUGAAGCUGCAGCUGGUGAAGAAGGAGAAGCGGGCACUAGAGCUAAGAGACGCAGCCCACCGGGCACAGGGCACCCUCUACCUCCUGCUCCUAGAGCAGCUGCAGUGGCAACUGGGCCAGGGCAGGCCCCAAGAUCCCCUCAGCUCGGGGGAAAGUGACAGUGACAGCGAUAGCAGCUGUGGAGCAUGGAUUCCCGGAGACAGGGACCAGCCAGCCUGGCCGGGGGGACCCCGGGACUCAGAGGAUAUGCUGCAAGAACUCACUAAUUCCUUGACUCGGAUCCAGGAGCUACAAGGACAGCUAAUGGAGCUACAGUCUUCACUGGAACAGAUGGCCCAGGAUGAGCGAGUCCAGCGAGCCCGGUGCUUGGAACUUACCAGUGAUUUCUGCAAGGCCCACAGUGCCCUGGUACUGGCCUUCAGGGGGGCCCAGCGGAAGCAGGAGCAACAUCAGCAGACCCUGGACCAGCAGAUAGCACUGAUGGCAGCCCGUCAGGAGGAGGAGCUAGAGUCCCUGGCCCAAGUUGCCCAAGUUCUGGAGGACUCUGGAAUCCUCAUGCCCUGGGGAGAGACUUCUCUCUAGAGAUGCCAGCCUCUUUCUCUCUAUCCCAUCCUCAUUCACUACCCCAUGUCUGGUUCCCAGCAUACCUGAUUGUGCUCACCCUACUCAUUCUGCACCAAAAAAGUAAUUGCAAUCAGGGCUCUCUCAACCAAAUCCUGCUGCCCCUUAGAGGAGGAGAG